AUGCUGUUGGAAGGCAACGUGAUCUACGAGCUCGGCCCGUCCUUCCUGGGGCUGUGGAAGUACCCGGCGGCUUCCGCGACGGGAGAGGGCUCCAUCCUCACUCCGAAGCUCGAUCUCAUAGUCGGCGGCGACGUCGUCGGGAGCGGAAACAUGCCGCCGGUCGCUUGGGACCAGACCUCUGCGCUGAGCAGCUUCGACGAGAUGUCGAAGCAGGCGACGCAGUCCCUGAAGGCCAUUCCGGUCAUGAUCCCCAUCUCGAAUUCGGACGGCCAGGACAAUUUUAUCAUCGGCACGGGCCAGGUCGAGAUCGACGUCUUGCCUCCGAGCAAGUCCGCGUUCUGGGUGUCACCCGGCAUGGCGAGCUUCCGCAAGGUCGGUCAGGAGGCGCGCUUCCCGCCGUGCACCGCCGAGAACAUGGAGUACGACUUCACGCUCGAAGCGAGGUCAGCGAGACUGGGGCACUGA